CUACUAGUGGUACUGGUAGCACUAGUUCAUCAUCAAGCUCAAGUCCGGCAGCGCCAACUUCAACUACUGUACCUAGUUCAUGUCCCCCUGUUGUAACUACCACCUCAACAUCAUCGAGUUCCUCAACUUCUGGCGGUCACGUUGUUCCAGAAGGGGUAGCACAUGCGCCAGAUGCAGAUGAUGGCUCCAAAGGGCACCAUAGAAGAGCAUCGACUGUGAGUGAAUCCUCUAUCUCCUCUGGUAUCGGACGAGAGACGGACGAUGAUGGCCUUGACGAUCUUGGUGAUCCCCCUGACAUCACUAAUUCUGCACCUGCGACGAGUCCUGGGCCUCCAAGCAACAAAAUGCAAGAAGAGGCAAGUGCUAGUAGUAUACGACCACCAGCAGCACAAGCGCCUCAAGUAGCUCCUGUUACUACGCGUUGUGGCGCAACCUCAACAACUUCGUUAUUUGGAGACUCUUCGAGCGUCCCAUCGUCGUCGUCUUCCGGUCCGUCGGCCCGAAUGCUACGACGCUGCUCUCGCCCCGUGUGCACACUUGAUGUUAUCGGCGUUGAUUCGCUGGCUAUUGGUGGUACAUCUUCUGGUCCUUCUGUAGGAGCAGGGGGUGUAGAGGUGAAGAAGAACAGUAUAAUAGUGGAAAAAACCGACCAUCUUGCAGACGAUUCCUCUUGUUCGAUAUCUUCUUCUGGAGGUACUCCUACCGGCGCUGGUGCCCCUGCAGCACCAACACCCUGGAUUCCCCCUGAUCGCGUUGCACCACAUGGUCGGAAUGGAAAAACUGGAUCAAAAAAUGCAGGAGUCGCGGCGAAGAGUAAGAAACAAGAACAGCAAGUGUUUCUAAAAGCUGCGCUCGAACAGCAGGAAAAACUUGAGGAACAAUUGUGUGAGUUACGGAAGGAUACCGCCGCACAGCUAUCGCGAUUGAAGGCUCGUGCGGAGAGCGCUGAAGCUGCGAAGGCAGAGUCUGAAAGCAAGCUUGCCAAUAUUGAAAUGAAAAUGAUCACGACAAUUCAGAAUGCUGGAGCAGCUGGAGAAAAGAUGGAUUGUAGCGGUGGAUCUAAUACUGCCAAUGCCUCCACCAAGAACGAACAGAAGGAAAAAUUCGCGGAGGAUGUUUCCGACGCAAGAUUUGCUGAGAUUUUAGCAAGUGUAUUGGGUCCACCGACGUCUUCAAACUCCUCUUCGUCGUCGUUUGCAAAUAAUAAGCUUUCUGAAUCCACCAAAGGCGGGGCACAGAAAACGGAUCUCUCAGUUGUUGAUAUGCAGGAGGAAGACCUACGGAAACGAUAUGAUGCAGUGCGAAGCUCACAUGGACUGCUCAUGCAGGAGCACGCAGCAGAGCUUGCCAAGGCAAAAAGAAACAAUGAGAAUCUUCGAGCCAUUCUGUUGCGGACCUGUCGUCGGUACGGCGUCCGUAAGAAAGACCUUUCGGCCCUAUGCCUGGAGGAGAAUCGACGGCCAGUCAGCGUGCGCAUCGCAGAAAUUAGUAGACGUGAAGAAGAUGGCACAAGAGAUCAACAUGUUUGUGUCGAUGUUCCUCUCUUGCCGCCUGGAGAGGCCAUCGAAUCCUUUGGCCCAGGUUCCUGUAGGUCUUCCGUUGACCAUGCGAUUACGGACCCCCGAGUUAAGACUCGUUGA